AAUGAGACCAACUAGUAUUUAAAUGAGCCUUGUCUCAUCACCAUUUCAUCAAUACAAGCUUAUAACUCUCCACAUAUUUAUUUUGUAAUCAAACAACCGAUACAAUCGAAAGAUGGAAGGUAAAACUUUGAUUCUAAGUGUGUUCGUAAUGAGUCUUUUCAUGGCCCAGAUUCAAGUCGAAGCAAAGAGUUGUUGCCCAAACACGACCGCUAGAAACUGUUACAAUGUAUGCCGUUUAACUGGAGCUUCUAGGGAAACUUGUGCAAAACUUUGUGGAUGCAAAAUUGUUGAGGGGCCAUGUCCUCCGGGUCCACGUGGCAUUCUUGAAAACUCUGUUAGCGAAUACUGCAAGUUGGGUUGUGCAUCCUCUGUGUGUGGUACCUUAACCACUCUCGAGAACUCUGAUGCAAGUGAAAUUGUGAAUGGAGCAGUUGUACCUUGCACCGAGGCAUGUUCUGAGUUAUGUACAAAGAGAUCAUCCAAUGUAGUGUAAACUGCAUAACAAACAUAUCCACGAACUAUGUGCGCUGUUGUUUUCCUGUUUUCAAUAAUUGUCGUGUAUAUGACAAAAAAUGCUAGAGCCUUAAGCUAACAUCUACUAUUUCCAGGAUUUCUAUGUGACGUAGAAGAAGGUCAUUGAUCCCUAGAUUGUUUACCCCUUCUACUUGCUAUUAUCCAAAUAAAGAAUAAUAAUGUGUCCCUUAUCUUUUA